AUGCUGUGUUUGAAAACGCACCUCUCUUUUCCAUUUCGCACCCCUUCAUUAUCAUCAUCCUCAAAGCACCUCACACACCACCUCCGUUCCUCGCCGUUCAGAUCCACGAUUAAGAUGAUGUCGACCAAAUCGAAAGCCAUUGAACACAUCGUCCUCUUCAAAGUCAAAGAAAACACCGAAGCCUCCAAAGUAACCGCCAUGGUUACCGGACUCAGUUCCCUCAUUUCGCUAGAUCAAGUCCUUCAUCUCACCGCCGGCCCUAUCCUACGCAAUCGCUCCACCGCGUUAACGUUCACGCACAUGCUUCACAGUCGGUACAAGUCCAAAGAGGAUCUGGAAUCCUACUCCGCGCACCCUAGCCAUCUUAGCGUCGUCAGGGGAAGCGUUCUCCCGAUUGUUGAUGACAUCAUGGCGGUGGAUUGGGUGGCGGAGGAUGUUGAAGGUGCUGAUUUGGUUCCGGCGGUGGGAUCGGCGAUUCGUGUGACGUUUAUGAAAUUGAAAGAGGACGCUGUUAGCGAUGAGGUUGUGGAUGUUAUUAGAGGAAUUCCGGAGAGUUUUAAACAGAUUAAGGAACUGACUUGUGGAAAGAAUUUCUCGCCGGCGAGAGCUAAGGGCUACUCCGUUGCUUCACUUGCGGUGUUUCCGGGGGAGAAGGAGUUGGAGGAAGUUGAUUCGAAUAAGGAGCUGGUGGAGUAUCAGAAGAAUAAAGUUAGGGAUCGGGUGGAGAGUGUGGUGGUGAUUGAUUAUGUGGUGCCGCAGCCUCCGCCGCAAUCUGCAAGUCUUUGA